AAGGGUCAACUGUGUCCCGCGAGGUUUCUCUCGUCUAUGGGGUAGCCUUUUCUUUUGCUUUUUUCUAACAUUUUAAUAGAAAUUGCUGAAACUACGUGACUGAGUAAGUAACAAGUCCUCGGUGUCCAAUAUGUCGUCUGACAAACCAAUGGGACCUGCUGUACCCCGGAAGUUCAGAAAGGAAGAAAGCGACGAAGAUUCUGAUUCCGACGAUGGAUUCUCUGGCCCCGCUUUGCCUCCCGGCUAUAAACGGGGAGAACCGUCGAGCUCCUCGGAUGACAGUGAACAGGAGGUGUCGACCAAAAGAAUGAAAACACAACACACAGCUGCAGAAAAGGUGCAAAGCACAAAUGUACAACAAACAGACGAUGAUGGUUUUUUUGGACCAGUAUUACCACCAGGAUUCAAGAAACAACAGUGUUCACCUGAAAGGCCACCUAUGCUGGGACCAGCUUUGCCUCCUGGUUUUCGCAGAGCAGCAUAUGAAAAUGACGAUGAUGAGGAUAAAGAUGGUGAGGAUGGAGAGGAUUUCCCAGGGCCUGCCCUACCCCCUGGCUACCAGGCAGAGUCCUCCAGCAGCGAGGCUGAGGACGAGGACGUGAUUGGACCCAUGCCGCCCACAGAGCCUGUUGAAAACCCAGUGGCGCUGGACUUUGAGCGCAGAGCACGCAAGAUGAAAGACAAGCUGACAGGAGAUAACACACCUGAGGUGGAGGCCAGAGAAACAUGGAUGACAGAGCUCCCACCAGAAUUGCAGCACAUUGGCUUGGGGGCCAGGACCUUCAAGAAGAAGUCUGGUCCAGAGAACAAGGAUCGCACUAUUUGGACGGAUACGCCACUAGACAGGGAGCGCAAGAUUGAGGAACGCCUUGAGAAAAAGAAGAAAGGUGAAGUAGAAGAAGUCUAUGUCCCACAAGUCUCCCAGAAGGACCUGGAAAUGGCAAAGAAAGUGUCUCAGCAUAACGAGACCAAACGUGCUGAGUCUCUGGUGAGUUUGCACACAAAGAAGAUGAAGGAAAAAGCCAAGGAGAAGGCUGAUGCACCAGUGGAAAGGAGAGCAUUCGAUCGUGAUGAAGACCUGCAGGUGAAUCGCUUUGAUGAAGCGCAGAAGCAGCGGCUGCUGAAGAAAUCUCAGGAACUGAACACCCGAUUCUCCCACAGCACGGACAAAAUGUUCCUGUGAAGAAUUGUCAAAAUGUAUUUAAAAAACAUGUUUGAACGGCUGACCGCCAUUUACAGUCAGGCUGUGGAAUUUUUAAAAAUAUGUACUGUUUGUUCAGAUUAUCACAUGUUGCAUACAUGGGGAAUCAAAUUGACCUAAACUGGACUAAACUGUCUUUUCAAGGCAUGGCCAUUUAUAGGAGUCAAUGUCACUGACUGGGUGCAAAGCUAACGUUUUAGAAAGAAUCAUGCUUUUAUGAAGGAUUAGACAGUGGAGCUUGCAUUAUUUCUGCAGUAGACAUCAUAUUUGUCUCCUUGGGAGGAAAAUUGAUAAUACAAAUACAUAUUUUACCUCCAUUGAUAUACAGUGAUUGAUUUUGUGAAACACAUUUUGUACUGAAUAUGUUGCUGUAAAAUAGAUAUACUGAGUUGCAUUUUGUUUGUUAGGUUCAUUAAAUUUUUUCCAAAC